AACCUAAAGUUUUUAAAACUAACUUCUAUUUUAACGAUGAAUUAAGCCCUUGGAUAAGUUUCAGCUCGUUAUUGUUGCGUCUGUUCAUGAAAUCUAAGUUCUAACCGAAUUUUAAACGAGUUUAACUCGCUAACUUAGCUGUCUGAGUAACGGUUUAUUUUUUUGUCCAACGUAAAAAAAAUCAAAUACGUUGCGUAAAGUGUUUUUUUACGUUGGUGCGGGUUUGAUUUGAAAGCAAUAACGUACGUUAUUUGUGUAAAUCAGUGAGUAAUUGACAUGGAGAAUAGCCCUCGCCUGGCGGAGCCUCCAGGGAUCAGCAGCUGUUUGUCUGAACUGGACAAGGAGCUGGAGAAGCUGACCGACGAGGAGGAGGACAGAUGCGUGCAGCUGACCUGGAUGACGUAUGACCUGGUGAAGCUGCGCACGCAGAUGCUGUCGAGCGCGCAGGAGCUGUCCGAGGCGUGGGUCAGAUGCAGAGACGCGGUGAUGGGAGAUCCUGGACCGCAGCCUGAGAGGGAAGAUGGAGCUCAGGAUGCUGACUCAUCACAAACUUCAACUGCUGAUGGAGUUUAGAAAAGAUAAUAUUCUGAUUCACUGCCUUCAGGCUGCAGCAUCGCAGUCAUUAUAAUUGAUAGUUAUGACCUGAUGUUUAUU